GUUCAUCUUCCUCAGACCUCUGACGAAAACAACUCCCUUAAAAGACACUGUUAGGAAAUACGCACGCUUCCCCUGGAUUUUUCUUUGGAUUACUCCCCGUCAGAUUUCUCUCCAAGGGAAACUAAACAGACUUCUGUUUUCAAAAUAAUUUGAAGACGUUCGUCAAUACAGUCUUUUACACAGGUCUCAAUGAACAUCAAGUCGUCCGGCAGAGUCUGAUCCAGCUAGAGGAUGGCCAUCCACGCAGAAGGACUGGUGGCAAUUGUUAUCUUCUAUCUGCUGAUCCUGGCUGUAGGGAUAUGGGCAGCGUGGAAAAACAAAAAUGCCGGCGGGGAAGGUGUAGACCAAAGCGAGACUAUAAUGGUCGGUGGAAGGGACAUUGGAUUGUUUGUUGGUGGAUUCACCAUGACUGCAACCUGGGUCGGAGGAGGCUAUAUCAAUGGUACCGCUGAAUAUGUGUAUUUGCCUGGAUUUGGACUGGCCUGGGCACAGGCACCGUUUGGAUAUGCACUCAGCUUGGUUGUAGGUGGCCUAUUCUUUGCCAAGCCCAUGCGUUCCAGAGGAUAUGUGACUAUGCUGGAUCCCUUUCAGCAGAUCUAUGGGAAAAGAAUGGGUGGACUGCUCUUUAUUCCCGCUCUCAUGGGAGAGAUUUUCUGGUCAGCCGCCAUUCUCUCAGCUCUGGGAGCCACACUGAGUGUAAUCGUAGAUAUCAACAUCAAUAUGUCUGUCAUGAUCUCAGCACUCAUUGCAAUCUUCUACACUUUGGUUGGAGGACUGUAUUCUGUGGCGUACACAGAUGUUGUUCAGCUCUUUUGUAUAUUUGUUGGCUUGUGGAUCAGUGUGCCUUUUGCUCUCUCAAAUCCUGCUGUGUCAAGCAUUGCUGUCACUGCGGUUGAGAAAGUUCACCAAGAACCAUGGCUUGGCAGCAUUAAACCCUCUGAAGGGUGGAUGUGGAUGGACAACUUUUGCCUUUUGAUGUUGGGGUGUAUUUUAUCAUUCCUGUGGCAGUGCCUUUUCAGAUGUUGGGGGCAUUCCUUGGCAGGUUCUUUCUGCCUUCCUGCCUCAGCUACCUAUGCCCAAGUCCUUUCAUUCCUUGCUGCCUUUGGCUGCAUUGUUAUGGCCAUACCCUCAGUUCUAAUUGGAGCAAUAGGGGCCUCCACAGAUUGGAACCAGACUGCAUAUGGCUCUGUCUCCCCCAAGGAUAAUGAGCAGUCAGACAUGAUCCUGCCUAUCGUGCUCCAGUAUCUGUGCCCCCCCUACAUCUCCUUUUUCGGCUUAGGGGCAGUGUCAGCAGCCGUGAUGUCUUCAGCUGACUCUUCCAUUCUUUCAGCUAGUUCCAUGUUUGCCCGAAACAUCUACCAGCUUGCUUUUCGCCAAUCGGCUUCAGACCGUGAGAUCAUCUGGGUGAUGAGGAUCACCAUCUUUGUCUUUGGAGCUUUAGCAACAGCAAUGGCCCUGCUUACCGGCACAGUGUACGGCUUAUGGUACCUGAGCUCGGACCUGGUCUACGUGAUCAUCUUCCCUCAGCUCCUCAGUGUGCUGUUUGUGAAAGGCACUAACACAUAUGGCUCUGUGGCUGGUUACAUCUUUGGCCUUGUGCUGCGCAUUGGAGGUGGAGAGCCAUACCUUAAGCUCCCCCCUUUCAUCUGUUAUCCAGGCUGCUUCGUAGAGCAGAAGACACACCGGCUUACCAUGGAGGUUGAAUAUAUCACCGUUCAAAAAUUUCCCUUCAAGACAGUGUCAAUGGUCGCUUCCUUCUUGGGUAAUGUGGCUUUCUCAUACCUCGCCAAGUAUCUCUUCGAAAGUGGGACACUGUCACCAAAGUAUGACUUCUUGGAUGGUGUCCUCUCAAAGCACAGCACAGAGAUCAUGGAUAAAACUACUCUGGUGGGCAAUGACAAUAUCAUCCUGUCAGAGAUGGCCCCAGUCAAGCCCCGUCUCAGCAUGUCAUUGGCGGGAACAUUCACAAACAAAGAGGCUCUCAGUGAUGAUGGAGACUCCAGCCCAGAAUCCAACAAUGAACAUGACUAAAAAAUUCCCUUUGGCUGUGAGCUCCACUCAAGCAGCACUACAUUAGCUGUCCUGUGUUGACUUUAUAUUUUUUGUGCAUAGAUGUUGUGCCAUUUUUUGUUGUUGUUGCUGUAGCUGCUUAUUUCCACAUGCUCUUUUCUAAUAAGUGAGAUAUAAGAAGAAACCUUGCCACAGGAAGAUAAUAUAAAGGAAUGAAAACAAUGUUUAACAAAGUGGGAAUUCAUCUGCUUUCAUGUGAGAUCCACUUUUGGGUAUGUACAAUUCCUUUUUCAUGUUUGUCUCAUUUGGCUUAGUAUUGUCCUACUAGAUGGAGCAAUAAUAUUUUGAUAGCGAUUAUAUUGUAUACUGUGUAAAUAAUUUGUAUUUUAAAUUUUAUGAAUUCCUUUACUCUUUAAGAGUAACAGUUAAUAGAAAGUAGAAUUAUUUUUAAAAUAUGUUUCAAACAUUAUGUUACGUUUUGAGCAAGUAAUCGACAUAUGCUGUGGUACUUUAGGAAUAAUAACUGGUAUGUAAUAUACCAAAUCAGUGUUUUCACUGAAAAGCCAAUGAUUAAAUGAUCUUCUCAUGUGCCAAAUUGAAUCCCUUUCCCUGAUGAAGACAUUUAUUGGUGCAAAGAUUGUUUGCUGGUGGCUGUAUUUGCUACAAAGACCUUUUACCUUCAAGGCCUUUGCUUUAUUGCUGUAGCAAGAUCAUGCAGCCUCUGUACAGAUGAAGAUCCAUACACAAUCUGAUGCUAUUCAUGAUGUACAUGAUACAUGGUGUUUGGAUAUUUCACUGCAUCCUUGGAAGUGAUGCUAUUGCUGGUCUCAACAGUGUCAGGCACAAAAAAGGGUCUCCACUCGGAUAGCCCACCAAUAACAAUCAAGAUCUCUGUUAACACACUGCUGACUAUGAGGUUUUAUUAGGAGUUAGGCCAGGGCUGGUUAUUCUCAUGGCUGGCAUUAGUCAGUUUGGGGUAAUUCUGAAAGUAAGCCAAAUGUUUGGUAGAUAUGAUGGAUGACUAUCCACAAUGAGGCAUACCAUUAAAAUAAAGCAUCACCCAAAUCAGUUUGAAACAUGAUACAUUUAUUGAAUACUUAAAUUAAGACUAAGGGAAGUCUGAGAAAAUGUAUCCAGAAGUGCAAUUUUGUGGGUUUGAUGUUGUGGAAUCAUGUGUUUCUGUAUUCUGACAUCAGUGUUGUCAUUCUUUCCUCAGUGUGUAGUUGGUGAGAUACGACCUUAGUACAUAAUGAUUAAUUGCCUUAAUUUUGUUCUGUUUGGGACUUAACCUGAUUGUAUGUGUCAGUAAGUGUAUCAGGCAAACUGUUUAGACUUGAAUGUGAAUGUACAUCCUCCUGUUGAGCAUAGAGAGCUAAUCAAAAAGAAACAUUUUUGUGUUAAAUGUCAACAUAAAAUUAUAACAAAAAAAAACUUAAAAACAUAUAACCUGCCAGUUCAUCUACUGGCAAAGUAUCUAUGGUAAUUCGAUGUAAUGGCAAUGUAUAUUUUUGUGUGAUAAAAAAAUACAAAAGAGUAAGUAUAUGCACAGGUUAAAUACUUUUUAACCUGCCAUUUCUUUUCUCUAUUUGAAUAUAUUUUUCUUGUUAGUAGUCAAAGAACAGCUAUAAGUCAUGGAAAUAUAUUUAUUUAUGCUAUGUCAACAAAUUAUAUGGUGAAAGAAAGAUGUGGGAUAAAUUGGAAUAAACUAUGUUAUUUAA